GCCGCAAGAUUGACAUUGGUUGUAUUUCCGUUUUGCUCAACUCCUUUCCUUUUUGACAAGCAGACAUAAAAGCUGGUCUUUUUUCGACCUGCCGUAAAUAUCUGCUUUUUUCAUUAACAUCUUAUAAAAAAAAUAAUCCAUAAUGGUUGUUAAGAAGCCCAGACCAAAGAAGAAGCCAGUGACCAAGAAGGUUGCCCCUGCUCCUUUGGCUGUCAAAAAGCCCGUUGUCAAGAAAGUUGUUAACCAACUUUUCGAAAAGCGUCCCAAGAACUUUGGCAUUGGUCAAAACAUCCAACCCAAACGCGAUUUGUCUCGCUUCGUAAGAUGGCCCAAGUACAUUCGCGUCCAACGCCAAAAGGCUGUUUUGCAAAAGCGUUUGAAGGUCCCACCACCAAUCCAUCAAUUCAGCCAAACUUUGGACAAGACCACCGCCGUCAAAAUGUUCAAAUUGUUGGAGAAAUACCGUCCCGAAUCCGCCAUUGCUAAGAAGCAACGCUUGAAGAAGAUUGCUGAAGCCAAGGCUAAGGGUAAGGAUGUCCAACCCAAGAAGAAGCCCACUUUCAUCCGUGCUGGUACCAACACCGUCACCAAAUUGGUUGAACAAAAGAAGGCUCAAUUGGUCGUCAUCGCUCACGAUGUUGAUCCCCUUGAGUUGGUUUUGUUCUUGCCUGCCUUGUGCCGCAAAAUGGGUGUCCCCUACUGCAUUGUUAAGGGUAAGGCCCGUCUCGGUAUGUUGGUCCGUCGCAAGACCUGCACCGCUUUGGCUUUGACCAACGUUGAAGCUAACGAUAAGGCCAACUUCAGCAAGGUCGUUGAAGCCAUCAAGACUAACUACAACGAUCGUCACGAUGAAAUCCGCAGACACUGGGGUGGUGGUAUUUUGGGUUCAAAGAGUUUGGCUCGCAUCGCUAAAUUGGAACGCGCCAAGGCUCGCGAACUCGCCCAAAAACAAGGUUAAACUGAUAACUGACUUUGUAAUUAUGUUUUAUUAAAAAUACAAAUUUUUUUAUUUGAUAAUAAUAAUGGCUUAAAUCAAACGGCUAUAAAUGAGGAAGAACUGUUUUAAAGUUUGAUUCUAAAAAAAAGUAAUAAAACUAAAACUUAGUUUGAUAUAACUUUAAA